UCUGACUCGGUCAGAUUUGGAAAAGAGUUUUAAUGGGAUUCAGACUAAGACUCUUUAAAAUGUCUAAUUUAUUUCCUUAAAAAGCUCACACGUCUGUUUUUAUUUCUCUUUUAUAAUUUACGCCUUCUCUCUCUCUCUAUCCAAGUAUCAAUGACGGCUCUCUAUCACUCUUAUUAGUCAGCUAUUCAAAUUCUUUCCUCUUGAACCGUAUAGGGUAAUGGAAACCUAGUUGAGAGAGGAGAAGAAGAUUUGGGAGUGUGAAAGGAAAUGGGGAGCGGCAGUGAGAGAGAUAUAUAAUCAUGAGCCUUACUCUAUCUACUUUGAUUGCAAAUAGGAAAAAUGAUCAUUUUAUCAAGGGUGAUCACGUUUUUAUUGUGGCGAAGGGGUAUCUCUAUAACUUGAAAGGCCAUGUUGACAAAGUUGAACAAUAUCAAACCAAAUCAUACUGACCUUCCUCCAGAAGCCGUUGUUGUUUGUGCAAAGAAAGAUCUUUGCAAGUACUUUGAGCCUGGAAGACACGUUAAAGUAAUAUCUGGUUCAUCUAAAGGUGCAACAGGUUUGGUUGUUUCUGCUGAGGGGCAUGUUGUUAAUUUGUUAUCAGAUACAAUUAAGGAACUUCUCCAUGUAUUUGCUGAUAAUGUUGUUGACAUGUCUCAAGCUCUACAGAGAUUAUUUAGAGGUCGCCUGCCCAUGAGUUAUAGAGGAAGACGUAGAGGUGGAAGAGGGCAUGAUGCUUUAAUUGGAGCUGGUGUGAAAAUUCGCCGUGGCCCAUACAAAGGUUGUAAAGGGCGCGUUGUUGAUAUCAAAGGAAUGUCAGUUCGAGUUGAACUGGAAGCCCCCAUGAAAGUUGUUACAAGCAAGUGUUUCUUCAAUGUCAAGAAUGGCCCUCAUUUUUUGUGUGUUCAUUUUUUUUUUGGAGAGGGGGGGGGGAAGUGAUUUGUUAAACAAUAAGGGCCCUCUUUUGCAAUCUUCGCGGAUGGAGGCUUUGUUGAAUCUGUCUUUUGGACAGUCAUUCAAAUUGAGGCAGGAUUUCCUUUUUGAAGUUUCUGUUUAUCGUACUUUUGAUUGCUUACAUUCAUUGCUUACGUCAAUGUUUCCUGCAGUUCAUCACAACCAUAUUUCGGAUAAUGUUAACGUGUCAACGCCAUUCAGGGAACCAUCUAGAUAUGGUUUGGGAAGUGAAACACCAUCACAUCCUUCAAGGACUCCACUUCACCCAUUUAUGACACCUAUGAGAUAUCUUGGAGGAACAUUUUUCUGCUGCCCUGUUCCAAUAGUGUUUUUCAUUCACUUUUUCCCAGCUGUUUGACUUUAGCUCUUUUCGUCAUCUUCCUCUAUAGCAACACCUAUCCAUGAUGGCAUGAGGACGCCAAAGCAUGACAGAGCAUGGAUUCCGAGGACUCCACCAAGGUAUGUUGUAUCACUGUUGAGGAUAAGCCAAAUGGCUUAAGGUUUUGAAAAUAGAAGAAGUGAAAGCCAUGUAAUCUGCCUAGUUUUUAUUUGACCUGAAACUAACUGAUCUCAGGUUGGAGGAAACUGACUCCUGAAAGUGGUGGGCUGGAUAUGAUGUCAUCUGUAGGAGGUGUGUCCCCUAUUCGACACAAUAGUUUGUCUUUGGAAUUUGGAAUAACUGAUAACUUAUAAUAAUAUGUCACUGAAAAAUUCAAAUCAGAAACUUCUUACUCUAUUGAGCCAGUAAAUUGGUGAUCUAUGCAGCAUUUAGAUAUUUUACUCAUAAUCUCUUGCAUUCUAGCAAAAGAAAACAUUUUAUUGAGAUCAGAUCUCUUCCACUUUGCAAGUGAUGAACUUUUGUGCGUUGUAAUUUUUUUUCUUCAUACUUCUUAAAUCAAUGUUUUAGCGUGUAAGUUUCGUCGAUAUUUUUGUUGGUAUUUGUAGAGUGUGUUCAGUAGUAUAGCAUUGCAGUAUCAGAUUGAAAUUUGAAUGAGUCUUUUACCUUUAUGAGUUCAAUUUUUUUCAUAUUCGAGAAUGAUUUUGUUGAUAAUUAUUGUCAAAGUUACUCGAAUACUAGUCAAAAUUACAAUGGUGGGGGAUGCAAAGAAGUCCGAACAGUUGCUUCUUUACAACUCAAAGCUCAGGCAUAGAGGAACCUGAGUGGAAUGACCUUUAAUGCUGUUCGUUAUUGCAAUUUAUCUUACUAUUAUUUAAGCUCUGAGUAUGUAAUGCAAUAUACCUGGAAUCUCUCCGAAAGUUCUAUACUACUAAUUUCUUCAUCAUUGGCUUGUGCUUUAUUUGUUGCAAUGUAGGAGGGUUGCAUGAAAAUGCCUGAUGUUAAUGAUGAUAUACUCUGUAGUCAAGUGUCUGCCCUGAAUGUAA